UCCUUUCAAACUUCCGUCGGGAAGCAAGCUCCUGUGACCUGUGGCUUGGGGCGCCGGAACCGCACCCCAGAGUGAGGUGGAAUGCUUUCCUGAUGGCCCCCAAACACGCAUCUUUUCAGAGGCAUUAAGGAAAAAAGACUAACCGGAGCGUUCUUCCUUCGCGAAUUUCUAAAUCCUGACGCCAGAGCGGAAACGAAAACGCGUCCCCAGCGCAGUUUCCGGAGGACCGAUUGCCCGACGAACAACCAGGAAGCGGCCCGGCUGGCAGCUGUCUCCGGGUUUCGGCUUCUUUUGAGGGCAUCCCCGGGGUCUCACGCCUCCCUUCCUCACCCAGCCAGGCGCCUGCCCCCGUCUGGCCCGUCACUCCCGAGUCGUCAUGUCGUCUGAUUUCGAAGGCUACGAGCAGGACUUCGCGGUGCUUACUGCGGAGAUCACCAGCAAGAUCGCGAGGGUCCCCCGGCUCCCUCCCGAUGAGAAGAAACAGAUGGUUGCCAACGUGGAGAAGCAGCUUGAAGAAGCAAAAGAAUUGCUGGAGCAGAUGGAUUUGGAAGUCCGGGAGAUACCACCCCAAAGUCGCGGAACGUACAGCAACAGAAUGAGAAGCUAUAAGCAAGAAAUGGGAAAACUUGAAACAGAUUUUAAAAGGUCACGGAUCGCCUACAGUGACGAAGUACGGAAUGAGCUCCUAGGGGAUGAUGGGAAUUCCUCGGAGAACCAGUUGAUAAAAUUACGUGAAGAGAGGGCACAUCUGCUCGAUAACACAGAGAGGCUGGAAAGGUCAUCUCGGAGACUAGAGGCUGGGUACCAAAUAGCAGUGGAGACCGAGCAAAUCGGCCAGGAGAUGCUGGAAAACCUCAGUCAUGAUAGAGAAAAGAUACAGCGAGCACGGGAAAGACUCCGGGAAACAGAUGCUAACUUGGGAAAGAGCUCCAGGAUUCUGACAGGGAUGUUGCGAAGAAUCAUCCAGAACCGCAUCCUGGUUGUCAUCCUGGGAAUCAUUGUGGUCAUCACCAUCCUGAUGGCGAUCCUCUUCUCUUUCAGAAGACACUGAUGGAUCUGCUGCCCCCUGGUCAGCAGCGGCGGCCACUUGUUCGGAGUAAUUAAGACAAAAUGGUCACAUGAAUCAUUCUUUUGCGCUGACAGGCCCUGUGACCCCCCUCUCCCCUCCUCCCCACGGUGUGUACAGCCGAAGCACAAAAAGUGGGAAAAAAAGAGGUUCUCGUCCUGCCUGCACGGGGUGGGUUUCUCCUUGGCCUAUCUUCCCUCAGACUGGCUCUGUAGCGGAGGGGUGGACACAUGCUUGUUUGCCUUGUGGUCAUGCCACCAGCAGUCUGCCUCACCCUCUGGACGUGUCGGGGCCCUCAUGCCUUGGGAGAGGCCUCAGUGAGCCAGUCGUGGAGCACUGAUGGGUGUGUCCCGUGGCUGACUGGCUGUUCCACACCCCUGGUCACUUUCUGUGACAUCCCAGGAUCCAAGUACAGAGAGAACCAGGUGCUGGAAGCCAUGAACUUCUCCCACACAGGGCCAUGAUGAAGAGAGCCGCCUUUCCCGGGCGGGUACCGAAUGCCAUUUGUGCAGAGAAUGGACUUAGUACUUUCCCUGUCUUACCUACUACUUCCUUUUUUUUUUUCCCCCAAACCCAAGAAUAUUUUUGCUGAGUCUGUCGAAUGCUCACUUUUCACAACUUUGAUUAGCGGCUGCAAGAACGAUUCCCAUGCCAUCCCAAACUCCCGUCCUCCCCAGAAUUUGCUGGCAAAGUCAGCCCUGGCCUGGCAUUUAAUUGUGACCUUGUCUCCCCUGGCCCGUGUAAGCAUCUCUGUAUCCUUUCGGUUUUAAUAUUUGCACUGCCAAAAGCAGUCCUCGUACAUGCAAAAGGUCUGACCAGGUUCGCUCUGCAACCAUUCCAAUAUGUAAAGAGAACAUGAAUAUUUCAGUACGAGCAAGAACAUGACUCUGUCAGUGUGAAAUUUCAACUGUGAUUAUGAAUAUAGUAGAGUCCUAAAGGAUGGUCCAUGAGAAAUAAACUUGAUGGGAGAUGUUCACUAACCUGCUUUCAAACAUGAAGGGAUUGCUGAGUGGGUGUCUUGUUUUUCUUUUUCCUUUUCUUUUUCUUAAAGAAUAAAAGGAUGGCUUGGAUUGUU